UUUCAAAUGUCGCGCUAAAAUUUACGCAUGUAAAUAAUCGUCUAUUAUUUUAUAGAAUAAUUAUUUUGAAAAAAUUACUUUUUUUUUUUUCAUUAAUUUUUGUUAAUUAGUUUUGAUAAUUAAUGAUUACUCAAGUGUCAGAAUGAUUAAUUACUGUGCGGUUGUAUUUAAAUGUAAUUAUUUGCCGGCAUAACCUAAAGUUGGGAAAAAAAGUAAAUAAAUAAUUUUUAAAUAUUUUUAAUUAAUUAAUUAAUUUAUUUAUUGUAAUUAAUAAUGAAGAUAAGUGUUGAUGGUUUGAUUGUGUACUUUCCUUAUGAUUAUAUUUAUCCAGAACAAUAUGCCUACAUGUUGGAGCUCAAAAGAGGCUUGGAUGCCAAGGGUCAUUGUCUGCUGGAAAUGCCUUCUGGCACUGGAAAGACAGUCACUUUAUUAUCAUUAAUUGUCGCUUACAUGCUGGAGAAUCCUUCAGCAGUUACAAAACUAAUAUAUUGUUCUCGAACUGUGCCUGAGAUCGAAAAAGUCAUUGAAGAAUUAAAGAAGCUCAUGGAUUACUACGAAAAAGAAACGGGCAGCCCGCCCAGAAUGGUUGGACUUGUUCUCAGUUCUAGGAAAAAUAUGUGUAUACACCCGGAAGUCAGCAAAGAGCGAGAUGGAAAGAUUGUUGACGGCCGCUGUCAUUCAUUGACGGCUUCAUAUGUGAGAGCCAGACAUAAUUAUGAUGAAAGUACACCAAUUUGUAGCUAUUAUGAAGGCUUUGAUUUGGAAGCUCGCGAACGAGUCAUGCCACCCGGUAUUUAUUCGAUUGAUGAUGUCAAAGAAUAUGGCAGAGACAGAAAUUGGUGUCCGUAUUUUCUUGCUAGACUCGCUAUAAUGCAAGCACACUUUGUCGUAUACAGUUAUCACUAUUUACUGGAUCCAAAAAUUGCUCAGACGGUUUCCAAAGAGCUUGCUAAAAAUUCAGUUGUUGUUUUUGAUGAAGCUCACAACAUUGAUAAUGUUUGUAUUGAUUCGAUGAGUGUCAAAAUUACUCGAAAGACGAUGGAAAAAUGUUCAACAAACAUUCAAUUAUUAGAAAAAACAGUAGCUGAAAUGCGAGAUGAAGAUGCUAAUAAACUUAAAGAAGAGUAUCAGAGGCUAGUAGAAGGUUUAAAAGAUGCUCAAGUUUCCAGAGAAACAGAUGUUGUGUUGGCCAAUCCAGUCUUACCAGAUGAAAUUUUAGAAGAGGUAAUUCCUGGGAAUAUAAGAAAUGCUGAGCAUUUCGUCAGUUUCCUUAAGCGUUUUGUCGAGUAUUUAAAAACGAGAUUGCGAGUCCAGCACGUGGUUCAAGAAACACCAGCAUUAUUUCUACGCGACCUGCAGAGUAAAGUAUGCAUCGAACGAAAGCCACUUAAAUUUUGCGCAGAAAGACUCGCGUCUCUUCUGCGAACCAUGGAGAUAACGGACUUGACGGAUUUUUCGUCAUUGAUUCUUGUGACCCAUCUCGCGACUCUGGUUUCCAGUUACACGACUGGAUUUACGAUAAUAGUCGAACCUUUUGAUGACAGGACACCAACUGUUUUGAAUCCGGUCCUGCAUUUCAGUUGCAUGGACUCGUCUAUUGCAAUGAAGCCAAUAUUUGACAGAUUUCAAUCUGUCAUCAUAACAUCCGGUACACUGUCGCCUUUAGACAUGUACCCGAAGAUUUUAAAUUUCCAUCCUGUUAUCAUGACUUCUUUCACGAUGACCUUGGCAAGGCCGUGUUUGUUGCCCAUGAUUGUAUCAAAAGGUAACGAUCAAGUCGCCAUUUCUUCAAAGUAUGAAACGAGAGAUGAUGUAGCUGUGAUAAGAAAUUAUGGACAACUUUUGGUAGAAUUUGCAGCUGCUGUACCUGAUGGACUUGUAUGUUUUUUUACGUCUUAUUUGUACAUGGAAUCAGUUAUCGCAGCUUGGUAUGAUCAAGGAGUUGUCGAUCAACUGCAGAGACACAAACUUCUUUUUAUCGAGACUCAAGACUCUGCAGAAACUAGUCUAGCUCUUGUCAAUUACAUAAAAGCCUGCGAUAGUGGUAGAGGAGCGGUAUUGCUAUCAGUAGCAAGAGGUAAAGUCUCUGAAGGAGUUGAUUUUGAUCAUCAUUUAGGUAGAGCUGUACUUAUGUUUGGAAUUCCUUAUGUGUAUACUCAGUCCCGUAUAUUGAAAGCUCGGCUGGAUUAUCUUAGAGAUCAAUUCCAAAUACGAGAAAAUGAUUUUUUGACGUUUGAUGCUAUGAGACACGCCGCUCAGUGUAUCGGCCGUGUCUUGAGAGGAAAAACUGACUACGGUAUUAUGGUUUUUGCUGACAAGAGAUUUUCUAGAGCUGACAAACGAAGCAAAAUACCCAAGUGGAUCCAGGAACAUUUGACUGAUAGUUUAUGUAAUUUAUCAACAGAAGAAGCAGUACAGAUUGCCAAGAGAUGGCUAAGGCAAAUGGCCCAACCAUUUUCACGAGAAGACCAAUUGGGUUUGUCAUUACUUACGAAAGAGCAAGUUGAAAAGAAAGAGGCUAAAAAAAUCGAAGAACAGGCUCAACAAAACUGAUAUUAUGUACUAUACAAUUUUUAUAAUAAUAAAAUAUUCAUGAAAUUUAUAAAUUCAAAUAUUUCAGUCAUAGCUCAUUCUACUUGUUUUUAUUUUUUGAAUUACUACCAGUUGCACUGCAUCUAGAAAAUAGAAAAAAAAUUUUUUCGUACUUACGUGUACUGAAUGCAUUCCGACAAUUACUCUGUACACUGAAUUGGAGUUUAAUAUUUAAAAUAUUUAUGAUUUGCGUGCCAAUAUUUUUUAAACACUCCUCUAAUUGUUGUCGCAAUAUUUGAAAGGUUCAAAAAGCGCGCAAUUAUUUAA